CGUCGUGCCAGCAUAAUCGACACCAGCAUUGUGAUCAUCAUCACCAUCGUCGCCGUCGUCAACGACGACGACAUCGUCAAUUCGCCAACCACUCACGAGGCGAGCACAUUCAUCCUCUCAGUGAUGGUGCGAGUGAUGAGGGUCGAGGGAAAGUAG